AUGUCAACGACACGAAGCAAUGCGCAACCGGCACCGACCGCAACUAUAAUUGAACCACCCGUCUUGACAACGCCGUCCGGGACCCUUCGUCUCAGAGCUGAACCGGCAGAGCAGCGCCAUAUCCAAUGGGCAGAAGACGUCGUGGACAAUGAGGGAAUGGGGAAGAAGUCCUCAAAAGUCUGCUGCAUCUACCACAAACCGCGCGAAGUAGGCGAGUCGUCCGACGAAUCCUCAUCAGACUCAUCCUCCGAUUCGGACAGCGAUAGCGAACCGGACAGCAGCAGAGCGCGUCCCGUGGGCGGGCGGAAGACUGGGCGAGGGCGUAAACCUCAUAAUCAUGACCACGACCACGGUGAGCAUGAUCAUGACCAUGGCGAGGGACCAUCCCAACAGCCGAAACCGCGACGUCGACCGCGACGCAAACCCAGCCCAAACGCUUACGAGAAAAUGCCAAAGCGUAAAUAG